AUGUGCGACAGCGAGAGUCAAAGCGGCUCAGAUAUCUCACAGCCAAGCACCGACGCGACAAACGAGCACCUAUACAAUUAUGACCAAUGCAUCGCCGCGCUCGAGGGAACGAGGGUUCCAGAUGACCUCACCUCUGCCACUGCACGAUGUGCAGUAAUUCGAGGACUGCGCUGCUCCUACGAUUUCACAAUGAACCCAGUCAUGAUAGACCUGUGUGGCUCGUCGCGAUUUCCCGAGUUUACUCGAGCACGCAACGCCCGGCUCAUCAUGAGCAAUGUCGUUCCUGACGGUCUAGAAAUCACUGAAGCCCAGCCCUAUUGUAUCUGGAACCCGGAUUUUGCCGAAGAGGACACUUAUCGCCGAGUCGCUCAACGGUAUCCCUCUAUGCGCUAUCAGGUCGGCCGGGCUUCUGCUGCUGCCGGCUAUAUAAACCUCUAUCGGGAGCUUAACCUGCUCCCUGAUGUCUCUAUCGCCGAAGAGGCUCGGGAGGGAAAUACGGAAGGGGGGAAUCAGAUAUACCAGUUGAUCAUGUCCUCGCCUCUGAAAUAUGCGGUGAUGGACGAUUUCGAACGCUCAAUAAACUCAGAGAAUCCUCCAGCACCCGCCUUUCUAAAUGGCGACACGCAUGUUCGGUGGAAGUUAGAAUGGCGGUUCACGCUUGAAGAAGAUUCUAUUGAGGAGUUUUUACCUGAGGAGAUUGAUAUUGAAGAGGAUCGAUACAUGGGCCUCGAAUAUAGCGAGCCAGAUCAGUCUCGCUACGAUAAUUUUACCCCGCAAGAGGCCACACUACUUUGGGAGCCUCUGCCUCUUGACCUACCAACGCUGAAGAAGGAUCUGUUACGACAGAUGGCCGCCUACGAAGGGAAUUUGGAUCGAUAUAACCGACUCAUGAACUCCCGAUCUCGGAAGGAAAUGGGCGAGACCGAAGCCCGUUGCGUUGUUCGUGGUAUUUAUCAUAACACGAUGUUUGCUCGGUGGUGGCAGCACAAUCUUGAUACCGACGCUGUCAGACUCAAGGAUGCUGAUUGGUACGAUGUUCAAACGGCCAUCAACGCCCGGCGUGUCAUGAUUAAUGACAUUGGAACAUUCACCGAAGACACCCCCUGUAAGCCUUGGCUGAUAUGGUGGCCUCUCAAACCGGAGCUAUCUGCACUGAUAAAUCUUGCCAAGAGAUGCCCUUCCAUGCACGUGCAGAUCGCCAUCGCCGCUAUCUACUGCGACUACCGUGGUCUGUAUGAAUCUCUCAAUGUUCGGCCCAGCGCUGGCCCCACCGAGGCCGCAGAGCAAGUUGGCAAUUCUUUCUACAGAGAGGAUCUGGAAAAGCGCGCGAAAGAGUUGGGAAUAAAUCCCGCUAAUGAAGAACCAGUGAUCUAUUCCGGGGACGAGACCCAUGCAACUUUAGCCCUUGAUAUGGAGCCCACCGGGGUCGGUGUCUAUACUCGCCUCCGCGCAGAUCUUAUGGACCAGCGAUUCGAAGGAUAUUAUACACGCCGCAUACCGUUUGGGGGCUAUGUUGAAAGAUAUGUCUGGCUUUCAUUUGAAACAAUUCGUAAGAUUGUUUGCGAAUACGGACCGGACGGAUAUUUCAUAGGCAAUGAUACUCGCUGGUUCGAGACACACGAAAUCUCGAAAGAUGAGAAUGGGAAUGAUAUCAUGUACGACAGCGAUGAGGAGAAACCGGAGGGUGACGACUCAAGUUCCAAACAAACGAACUAA